AAAACCUGUCUACCGUCAAGGCGCAUUUGGAUAAGUUCAAAGAGGUGGAUGGCAGGAGUGAUAAUGGACAGACUCCCCUGAUGCUGGCUGCUGAACAGGGUAGCCUUGAAAUUGUGCAGGUCCUCAUCAGACGGGGAGCAAAUGUCAACUUGGACGACGUGGAUUGCUGGACUGCUCUCAUUUCAGCAUCCAAGGAGGGGCAUGUAGAGGUGGUGAAAGAGCUGCUGGAGAAUGGUGCUUAUAUAGAGCAUAGGGACAUGGGAGGGUGGACUGCACUCAUGUGGGCUGCGUACAAGGGACGUGUGGAGGUGACUAAAGUCCUGCUUGAGAACGGGGCCAACCCCAACACCACUGGACAGCAGUACAGCGUGUAUCCAAUCAUCUGGGCAGCUGGACGAGGACACGCACAGAUUGUUCACCUCCUGCUAUGCCACGGGGCCAAAGUCAACUGCUCUGACAAGUAUGGAACCACUCCAUUGAUCUGGGCGGCCAGGAAGGGUCACUAUGACUGUGUGAUGCACUUGCUGGAAAACGGUGCUGAUGUUGACCAGGAGGGAGCGAACUCGAUGACGGCACUAAUUGUGGCUGUGAAGGGUGGCUACACAGAGGUGGUGAAGGAACUGCUGAAGAGGAAUCCCAAUGUGAACAUGACAGACAAAGAUGGCAACACUGCCUUGAUGAUCGCUGUCAAGAAAGGCCACAUGGAAAUUGUGCAGGAUCUGCUGAAUUCAGGCGCCUACGUCAACAUUUCGAACAGGAGCGGAGAAACGGUACUCAUUAGAGCGGUACGAGGAGGCCAUGUAGAGAUUGUCCGGGCGUUGCUGCAAAAAUAUGCUGACACUGACAUCACGGGGCAGGACAACAAGACUGCCUUGUAUUGGGCUGUGGAAAAGGGAAAUGCCACCAUGGUGAGGGACAUCCUGCAGUGCAACCCCGACACAGAGAUCUGCACUAAGGAUUGCGAAACGCCACUGAUCAAGGCAACCAAGAUGAGGAACAUUGAUAUCGUGGAGUUACUUCUGGACAAGGGGGCCAAGGUGUCUGCGGUAGACAAGAAAGGGGACACACCCCUUCACAUUGCCAUUCGAGGGAGAAGUCGUAGGCUGGCUGAGCUCCUACUCCGCAACCCUAAGGAUGGACGCCUGCUGUACCGACCCAACAAAGCAGGAGAGACGCCCUACAACAUUGAUUGCAGCCACCAGAAGAGUAUUCUCACGCAGAUCUUUGGUGCCCGCCACCUGUCCCCCACGGAGUCCGACGGGGACAUGUUGGGCUACGAUCUGUACAGCAGCGCCCUGGCAGACAUCCUCAGUGAGCCCACCAUGCAGCCCCCCAUCUGUGUGGGCCUGUAUGCCCAGUGGGGCAGCGGCAAGUCCUUCCUGCUAAAGAAACUGGAAGACGAGAUGAAGACUUUUGCCGGCCAGCAGGUGGAGCCACUCUUCCAGUUCUCCUGGCUGGUGGUCUUCCUGUCACUGCUGCUUUGUGGAACUGUAGCCCUGGUGCUGGGCUUCACUGUGGACCCCCGGCUGGCAAUCGCUGUAUCCCUCAGCUUACUUGCCCUGCUCUACCUCUUCUUUGUGGUGGUGUACUUUGGGGGGCGCAGAGAAGGUGACAGCUGGAACUGGGCAUGGGUCCUCAGUACCCGCUUGGCACGCCACAUUGGUUACCUGGAGCUGCUGCUCAAGUUGAUGUUUGUGAACCCUCCUGAGCUCCCGGAACAGACCACUCGUGCCCUGCCUGUCAGGUUCCUGUUCACGGACUAUAACCGGCUGUCCAGCGUGGGUGGGGAAACCUCCAUGGCGGAAAUGAUAGCCACUCUGUCAGAUGCCUGUGAGCGUGAAUUUGGCUUUCUGGCCACAAGGCUCUUCCGGGUCUUCAAGACAGAGGACACGCAAGGGAAGAAGAAGUGGAAGAAGACGUGCUGUGUGCCAUCUUUCAUCAUUUUUGCUUUCAUCCUGGCCUGUCUCAUCACGGGAAUGGCGCUGCUGGCCGUCUUCAAGGUGGACGGCCGCAACAGGACCGUGAACGCGGUGCUGGUGGCCAUGGCCAGCGUGGUGGGCCUGGCGCUGGUGCUCAACUGCCGCACGUGGUGGCAGGUGCUUGACUCUGUGCUUAACUCGCAGCGGAAACGGCUCCACGGCGCCGCCAACAGGAUGCACAAACUCAAGAGUGAGGGCUUCAUGAAGGUACUGAAGUGUGAGGUGGAACUGAUGGCCAAAAUGGCAAAGACCAUUGAUGGAUUCACACAGAACCAGACGCGCCUAGUGGUCAUCAUUGAUGGUCUGGACUCCUGCGAGCAGGAUAAGGUGCUCCAGAUGCUGGAAAUGGUGAAGGUGCUGUUUUCCAAGGGCCCCUUCAUCACCAUAUUUGCCAGUGACCUGCAUAUUACCGUCAAAGCCAUCAACCAGAAUCUUAAGAAUGUGUUGCGUGACUCCAGCAUCAGUGGGUACGACUACAUGCGCAACAUGGUCCACCUGCCUGUCUUCUUCCACAGCCGGGGCCUUAGUGUCCACAAGAUGUGCCCCUCUGUCCCUGCUAACGGGGGGGCUGCCAGUUCUGAAGGUUGGCAUGAAGACCUAGACAGGAAACUUUCUCAGCACAGCCUUGGGGAACUGACCAAAUUUGGCAGCAAGACUACACUCAAUAGGAGGAUGUCCUUUGACCUGUUGAAGCUACUGGUGACCGAGGACUGGUUCAGCAACAUCGGCCCUCAAUUCAUGAGGAGGCUACUCAGGAUUGUGUCCAUCACAGGACGACUGCUCAGAGCAAAUCAGAUCACCUUCAACUGGGAUCGCCUGGCAUCCUGGAUCAACUUGACAGAGCAGUGGCCCUACAGGACAUCCUGGCUCAUCCUGUUCUUGGAGGAGACAGACAGUGUCCCUGACCAGGCAACACUUAAGACCAUCUAUGAGAGAGUUUCAAAGAACAUCCCAACAACAAAAGAUGUGGAGCCAUUUCUAGAGAUUGAUGGGGAUGUGCAAAGCUUCGAAGUCGUCUUGUCUACACGGACCCCUGUCCUCACGGUGAGGGACAUCAAGACCUUCCUGCCCUGCACUGUAAACCUGGACCCUAAGCUUAGGGAGAUCAUCGCAGAUGCGCGUGCUGCCAGGGAGCAGAUGAAUAUUGGCAAUGUGACCCGCCCCACAUUGCCCCUGCAGGAUACCCCUGUCUGAGCCCCGUCUGUCUACAGCCAGCAUUUCUCAGCUUGCUGACCCACCGCUUCCUUCAAUGGCCCUUACAACUCUGUUGGAGUGGUGUCCCCUCAGCCUCCAAGCAGUUACUUCAGUGGCAUGACUGGGCCUCAGCAUCCUUUCUACAACAGGAUUCUUUCACCACUUGAGGACCCAUCAGCAGAGGAGAUAUGAACGGCUGAUCUGACUGUUUAGAAGGAAGAGGAGCGAACAAGAGAAUUUCCUGUAGUUGGCCAGAAUGGACUUUUGGAUAACCAUGUUUUGUUA